GAACUCCAGAGAUCCCAACGCAACGGCCUUAUAUUCGAUGGGGGAGCAGUGGAACGCAGAGGGAGCGUCCAUCCCUGCCGUGUGCCAGCCCCAAACCGCACUCGUGUCCUCUUCAUGUCCUAGGACCAGCGAUGCCGCUGCGCUGAGAACGAGGUAUGGAUGCUCCCGAGGCCUCUCUCCACUGUGAAGCACGGUGGAGUUUCACCAUAUAUACAAGGUGCCUGUGAGAAUGGACGAUGAUGACUUCGGGGGGUUUGAGGCAGCCGAGACAUUUGACUGCGGGGAGGCAGCUGCGCAGGCCCCCGUGUUCCCGGCCAUCCCGUGGGUAGCCUUCUCCUCAGUUCCAGGUCUGAGUGCCCCCCCAGACAUCCUGCUGGACCAGCGCCCUUCCAAGCAGGCUGACUGCCCCGACGCCGGACCCCCUCGCAGUCCCCCGGAGCAGACCCACCACUGCGGCGACGCCUCGGCCGCAGGCCAGGACUCGGGGGCCGGGGGCCCAGAGGGCGGCGCCCAGCCGCCCCAGUCGCUGUCCAGCCUGAUGGCCAAGUUGACGGCCAGCGAGGAGGAGAAAGCCUGCAUCCAGAAGGAGCUGGAGCAGUUGAUGGAGAAGCACUCGGCGUGGGAGUUGCAGCAUCACGAGGAGAAGCAGGCGGACGCCGAAGUCCACAGGAAACGCUACGCGGAGCUGCAGGAGAAGCACAACAAGGCCCUCGAGGACAUGAGGAAAGCAGGACAUGAAUCAUUAACCAUAAUUGUGGAGGAAUUCAAGGCCCUGACCAUGUCAGCAGUCCAGCAGCAGCUGGAAGUCAGGGAGAAGUGCCUCGAGGCCGCUAUGGACAAACAGCGGGAGAAGUGUGAGGAACUUCUCAACACCCAGCACCAAAGGCUUUUGGAUAUCCUAGAUGCUGAGAGAGAUGCCCUAGAAGAAAAACUCAAAGAAACCUUGAGCCAACAAGGACAGCAUCAGAAGGAGCUGCUGGAGAAAUGUGUGGAGGAGGAGAAGCAGAGGGCCCAGGAGGCCGUCGAAGCUGCUGUCAAGGCCCAGGAGGAACGCAUGAAGGAGGCAGUGCUGGAAGCUGUGCAGGAAGAAAGGAGGCGGGCAGAGAAGCAGUGGGUGGACCAGCGAUCAGAGUGGGAGGCGGAGCGUCGCAGAGACAGAGAGGAGUUGGCUAAGGCCAUCCAGGAGGCACUGGUGGACCAAAGGAGAAUUAGCAAGGAGUCAGUAAAGGAGGCCAUAGCAGAGGAACGACAAGCUGGAGAGCGACGACUGGAAGAGGCCACAUUGAAGGUUCAGAAUGAACUUAUGGACUUCAUGAAGGAACAGAAAAGGCUGGACCAAGCCCUUCGCCAGAGACACCUCUCCAGCCUGGAGCUCUUCCUGUCCUGUGCUCAGAGGCAGCUUUCGACGCUCAUGGGGGACGGAGAUGUGGAUGCGUCCAAGAGCCUGGUCUCUGCUGCCGAGGAGCCUGCCCUCUGACCGCACGUCCCGCCGUGUGCAACGCCUAGUAAACCACUUUCUAAAGCAGCUGGGUGAGCCAUUCGGCGGAUCACCACCACGGACUGCGCGAGAGCAGCUCUCCGUCUUCCCGCCUCCGUGUCUUCAGUGUCUUCAUGCCACCAUACAGGCACCGCUUGCACAUGUGUGUCCUGAGCUCCUCUAUUUUUAUGGUGCCCUGCGCUUUUCCCUGUUUCUGCUUUGCCUUCAACCACGUGCAGCUUUUCUUCUUGCUCCACUCGCCUUCCUGUCAGAACACUUCAUCCAUGGGGAAGCGAGACACCCCACGCUGGACCAUUGGGAUCACAGGACCAAAGGGCCGCCUCAGCUCUCUGUCAACAAACCUCUUCUUGCAGGGACUGUAGGGCUGCCUCUUCUACUGUGUUUUACCGUAUUUUUGCUUGUAGUGUCUCGGGGCUGUAAUGAAUCUUUCUCAUAAAAAACAGUUGUCUCCGGUGGUUGAGACUCAAGUGGGACUCAGUGAGGGAUAGAAAGCACUUUGGUAAUGCUGGUCCAGCUGACUGUUCUCCUCCCACUGCAGAUCGCAACACCAGAGGUCUGUCUCGCUUUCACUGUGUGUAUCGGGAACAAACACCGCAGUAUGAAAACACAAAUAAACUUCUGCCAGUAAUGUUUUGCCCACCGU